AUGUAAAUUGAAUACAAUUCACAGAAAAUUGUAAAUGAAAACAAAGAAUAUUCAGAUUCAAUGAAAAUUUCAUAUAACUUACAAUAAGAAUUGACAAUUCAUUAAAUUGAAAAUUGUUAUUCAAUAGAUUUUAGUAAAGACUGCAAAUCGAUAGCUGUGGGAGAUGAUUAAUUAAUAAAAAUUUAUACUAUCUCCUAGCAUAACAUUAAAUUAAUAAACAAAGUAUUUGGUCAUAGAAAUGAAGUUUCUAUGUUGAGAUUUAUGUUGAAAUCUAAUCAUUUGGUUUCGACAAGCUUAGAUGGUUCAAUUUCUCUAUGGUCCCAGUGCCUAUUAGCUAAACCUUUAAAGACUUACAAAUUAUUAAAUCAUUCUAAGGGUAUUUUAUGUUACACAAUAAAUUCUGAAGAAAAUCUUAUAAUUACUGGCAGCUAUGAUAGUACAAUGAAUGUUUGGGUGAAAAAAGAGUGUUAAUGGUUUUGCUCUUAAAAAUUUACUGAACAUACUAGUGCUGUAUACGGAAUUAGCAUUAAUGAAAAUUAAAAUUAGGUGAUCUCUUGCGGACAUGAUAGUUAAAUUUUAAUAUUCUCCAUGAAUAAUUUUGGAGAUCCAUAAUUAUUUACAAAAACACAAACAAUAAUUGUAGAUACAUAUGGAUUUAGAUUAUGUUUUAUUAAUAAUAAUAUGUUUGUUUUUCAACCUUCUAAAGGUGAAAAAUUAUGGAUUUAUGAAUUAGAUGACAAUGAUGGAAAAUUUAGAAACACUAAUUAGAUAGCCAUGUCAAAUGGUAUAUAUUGCUAUGAAUUUUUUCCCCAAUAGUAUAUAAGGGAAAAAUAGUUGCUAAUUAAUAAGAAUGGUUACAGUGUAAAUAUAUUGAAAAAUAAAUAAAAACAAGGUUUUGUUGUUGAAUAAUCAAUCAAUUUUGAUCAUUAUUUUGUUUUUGGAUCACUAAGUCAUAAUGGUGAUUAUCUAGCUACCUGGGAUUGGAAAUCAAAAUAAAUACAGAUAAGAAAAUAUUAAGAAAAUUGA